GUCGUGACAUGUUUAAUCGAGGUUUACAAGUAUUGUAUGUCGAAUAUAAGAAAAAUCUUUAUAGUUAUGUAUGAAUGGUAUGUACAUACGUAGUCACAUUAUUUUUAUAAGUGGUCGAUUGUCGUUAGAAAAGCGGAAAAUGAUUAUUAGCUCAGAGUGAGGUGUAAUUUUCUUUUAUAUUAACAUUCUGAAUAUAGGCGAAAAUUUGAAAAAUUAUGAACCAUGUCGCUGAUCCGACUCCCGAUCCGCCUCACGAAAUACCGAAAAAAACACUUGAUGAGCGUCAUAUUUUUAACUUGCUUGUUCACCACCCUAAUACUGACUAUACAUAUCCCUAUUCCUGGAUUCGUGAUGAACAUUUACUACUGGAUCAAACCGGACAAGAGCGUUUUCUGUCACUACAUUCGUACCAAAGAGGAGGAUAAUCUACCAGACAUAUCUGCGGCAGUACCCAAGGAGGGCCAGUCGAUAUUCUUCCACGAAACCAGUUGCAAUUCCUUGAUUAAUGGAAAAAUCACGAUAAAAGCACGACAAGCCUGUGCGGUGGAAAGUGCCGCCUUAAUGAAUCCACACCAUGAGGUCUAUUUGCUUUAUGCCUCUCCAGGAAAAUUCUUAUUCCAGAACACCGAGAGCGAUCGAUUCCUUAAGGAACUUUUAAAGUACCCAAACGUGAAUAUUCUUCACUUGGACCUGGAGAAGUACUUUAAAGACUCCCCAGUGGAGAACUUAUAUGCGGAGGGAAUUAUUAGACAGUCCAGAUUCGCUCAGAGUCACACCAGUGACGUCCUUAGGUUUCUCACCCUCUGGAAGUACGGCGGGAUUUAUCUGGAUCUCGAUGUAAUAGUUACGAAACCGCUGGAAGGACUCGGCACCGAUUUUUCCGGAAUCGAGUCGAAUACGUCAGUGGCGGCGGGGAUAUUGAGUUUUAAUUAUACAGGAAUCGGGCACGAAUACGCUACCGAUUGCUUGGAGGAUUUGAAAUAUAAUUUUAAGGGGUCGGAUUGGGGAUGGAAUGGACCCGGUACCGUUACAAGAUUGCUCAAGAGACUUUGCAACGUGAACAAAGUCCCCGAAAUGCGUAACAGGACCUGCAAAGGCUUCAAAAUUUACCCACCAAGUGAAUUCUACUCGAUCCCAUGGUGGAAUUGGAAAUGGUUCUUCGAUCCGCUACAAAUGGACGCCAUAAACCACGCGACUGCUAAUAGUCACAUCAUCCACGUGUGGAAUAAAUUCAGUACCACCGUGAAGAUUCCAAUAAAUUCCUUGGGGGUUCCUUAUUUGGAAUUCGCCAAGAAAUAUUGUCCCAGUAUUAUCAAACAAUGUGAUCAGUAUUUUUAGUACAUAUCUUCUAUUAAAUAUCAUUAGUUGUUAGUGCCAAAGGUUAAUAGAGUAAUUUUUUUUUGUAAUAACAGGGUCGAUUGGGAAGAAUAAAAUUUUUCGUUGAAA